GGCGUACGUCGAAAGUUAGCGCCGGCUGGUAAUGGCUUUCGGAGAAGCUGGACGUUUGUUAUUGCAUAUUACACGAAAACAACUGUUUUAUUUUCUUAAUAACAAUUUUAUCACACAAUUCUGGUUGUUGUGGCACAUGCAAUGCAUGUGUUUUCUCCAUGUUACCAGUUUUAGGUUAGAAACUCCUGCUAACUCCGCGUGUGUACAACUUAAGGAAUGAGCUGACCGAUAUAUCGAGCGUCAACCAGGAAGCAGACUUCGUGUGCUACAGUCACUUUACAGGGAUGGCAGACGAGACUCUGUUUGAAUUUCUCCACAUGGAGAUCGUGUCACAUGUUUACAAGGAGCAGCAAUCCAGCAAAGGAACCAUGGACAACAAGGACAGAGCAGUCUGUGUUUCUGUCCUGGAAGGUAUGGGCUUCAGAGUGGGACAAGGACUUAUUGAGAGGUUGACCAGGGACUCUCCCAGCUUUAAGGAUGAAUUGGAUAUAAUGAAAUUUAUCUGUAAAGACUUCUGGACUAAGGUGUUUAGGAGACAGGUGGACAACCUCAGAACAAAUCAUCAGGGGACCUAUGUUCUGCAGGAUAACAAGUUUAAUUUGCUGACCCAGCUGUCCAAUGGAAAGCAGUACCUUGAUCAGGCUCCUAAGUACCUUGCUUUUUCAUGUGGUGUGGUGAGAGGAGCCCUAUCUAACCUGGGUUUGGAGAGUGUGGUAACAGCUGAGGUCUCCGUCAUGCCAUCCUGUAAGUUUCAGGUGGUCAUCCAGAAGCUGCCCUAAUCUUCUGCCCACAUGGUGCCAAAAGAGAAAAUAAUGGUUCCUGUUUUCCCACUGAUGAGUGAAGCCAUAAAGCGAAUCAAACAUCCACAAAAGGGUCCAGCAGGACUGCUGACGUUCUGCUGACCACCAGGUACAACUGACUGGUCAAAAGAGGUAGCCAGGGCUCAAAUAUAAAUCAUUCUGGAUACUGAUUCUGGUUUUGAAGGUUUUUGCUUAUUUUACAUUCUCAACUCAAGUUAAUUUUUUUUAAUCUGCUAGUUUUAUAUAGAAGCACUGGCUGUCAACUGAAUACUAUGAAGUUAAAGUGAAUGUGUAGUUAUUAACAGGAUAUGUAUUCUUUGUAAUGUUUUGUAGUGCUUAGUCUGAAAAUUGGAAAAAGUUUAAAUAAAAAUACUACAGCAGAACAAUCAGCAUAAGUGAAGAGAAGACAUCUUUGUGGAUGGCAUUUAAUGCAAUCUUUUUCAGCAUCCAUUCCAUUGGUGGCUAAUGAACCUUUGUAAAUCAUUACACCUGACUCAUUUCAUUCAUUAUUCAGUGCUUACUGUUCUUCACAGAAAAAGCUGUAUCCAAUUCCUGGUGCUUCGCUCUGGUUUUUAGCAAAUUGACUUCAGGAGAGAAGUCUUUCAUGUAGUAGUGGGGAUCACUUAGACUUUUUCUAAGGCAAAAUGCAAAUCUAGAAUAAUACACUGGUAGAAAUAUUUGAGUUUCUUCAAGUUAUGUGAAUUUAAUAAGUUUCUAGAACAAUAAUUUGUACAAUUUUUCCAAGUGGAAUGAUACAAGCUUAUUUGUUGUUCUAUGUAGUGGUCUCACAUUUAAGAGUUGAGUAGACUUGAAUGUAUUUCUAUGUUAUUUUUCAUCAUGUUGGAUGUUUUCUCUUGUUAGAGCAUUGAUAUUUAAAUGUGACAUUUUUCCUGGCAUUUAGUAAGUAAGCUGUAAAACAUGUUAGGGUUUACAGUGAAAGUUAAUCAUACAGUUGUCAGGCUGUAAAUGGAUAUUUGUUAUUUAUUCUUUUUCUUUUUUUUUCUUCAACUAAACCGCUUUGUUGAAUGGAUUUAAAAUGCUGUGAUAAGAAAACAACAAAACAAGGUUUGUUAAACAUGAAAUGUAAGACCAUAAAAUUAUGACAAAGAUACAGACACUCCUCUGGGAAAGGCUGUUGCUGUUACUGCCACUAGGGGGACACAUACAGCUGUUAUUACAAUAUGUCUGAUACUUUACGAGUUUAGAUUUACCAUGUUGUCGAGGUAUGUCCAGAAUCUUGUUGUCUGUUCUGUCUUUUUUUGAAGUAAUUUGUUCAGAUUUGGCUAUGCAGACACCCCCCCCCCCCCCCCCCCCCCCCCCAAGUGUUGAGGUCAUCACAGUUACUUUCAUCAGUUCUUUAAAUAACAUUGGUGUAAUUAUUCCAUGAUACCUGACCCAUACAUACACUUAGUACUUUUUUUGUUUGUUUUUUUUAUUUAUGAUGGAAAUGUUCAAAAAUUUUUUUUUCAAUUUUAAAAAAAGAACUCAAAGUCGACGAUUACAGCUUAUAUCAAGCUUUUUAAUGUGAAAGGUAAAAGAAAAAGAUAGGAAGCAGUUUUACUCUGCUUUACUUCUUAAGCAUCAAGAUUAGUCUAUACUUUUAAUAACAAAAAGAUCAACCUUAACUUGAAGUCUUGUUUGCGUAUACUCACCCAUGGUUGGUCAAAACACAAUUUGGUACAGUUUUUGAAAUGGCGCAACACUGACAUUAUUGCUCGUGUUGUGGUUUUCAUCUAGUUCUGUCUCUAAUCUAAGGAAAAUACCUCCUGUUAUGUUCCAGUAUUUCACUGCCUUUGGUGGGAAAGUUUUACUCAAUAAAGGUCUUUACAUACAA